CACAUAUGGUACAUCAACGGUUUCGUUCUACUACAAUUGAAUAAAAAUAAAGAGAUAGAAAAGUUAAUUUAGUCAAAGCAAAAUCUUAUUAUUCGAAGAUCAAGAUGCCUACUUAUUUUGAAGGUGAUAUUGUCAUUGCGGGCAUUUCAGGCCGUCUGCCUGAAUCGUCAAACAUUGAAGAAUUUAAAGAAAAUUUAAUAAAAGGAACGGAUAUGGUCACUAAGGACGAGAGACGUUGGAAACCGAAACUUUACGAUUUACCCUCUAGAUUUGGCAAACUUAAAAAUCUUCAUAGUUUCGAUGCCUCUUUCUUCAAGAUACCUCCUAAACAAGCGCAUAUAAUGGAUCCGCAGCUUCGCAUUAUGCUGGAAGUGACAUAUGAGGCAUUAAUUGACGCUGGUAUCAAUCCCUCUACUCUAAAGAAAUCGAAUACCGGUGUGUUCAUUGGUGUUUACUCUUCGGAUGCGAGUGAUUUUUGGAAAAGAAUGCCGGACGGACAUGAAUGGGUUCGAAGUAGACAAGGAAUGAUAGCCACCAGAAUCUCUUACUUUUUCGAUUUAAUUGGACCCAGUUAUUCGGUGGAUACCCAAUGUUCUUCGUCCUUGACAGCUAUGCAUCAGGCAAUCGUAGCGAUACGCACUGGCGAAUGCGACGCAGCGAUCGUCGGCGGAUUGAAUCUUGUGCUCGAUCCGAUUUAUAGCCUUCAUCAUCAUCGCAUGAAUCUUCUGUCCACAGAUGGCAAAUGUAAAUCAUUCGACAUCUUAGCUGACGGUUACGUGAGAGCCGAAGCGGUGGUCGCAAUAUAUCUACAGAAAAUGACAGAUGCGCGCAGAGUGUAUGCCACAGUAGUGAACACAGCGAUAAACACGGAUGGCUACAAGCCCGAAGGUAUUAUGCACCCGAGUGGUGACAUGCAGUAUAUAAUGUUGCAGAAAAUGUACAAUGAGGUGAAUAUCGAUCCCAAAAACGUAGUUUACGUGGAAGCGCAUGGUACCGGUACCAGAGCGGGUGAUCCGGAGGAACUUGUUGCCAUCGAUAAGUUGUUUUGCAAAGACAGAAAGACACCGCUGUUAAUCGGCUCGGUUAAAUCAAAUAUGGGACACGGAGAAGCUGCCAGUGGAUUGUGCUCAAUCGCCAAGGUGCUGAUUGCGAUGGAAACCGGUGCGAUUCCGGCGAAUCUGCACUUUGUUACUCCAAAUCCAGAUAUUCCCGCGUUGACCGAGGGACGUAUUCGCGUAAUCGACAAAGCUAAGCCAUGGAACGGCGGUCUUGUGGGUAUCAAUUCAUUUGGCAUUGGAGGUACGAAUUCGCACGUCAUUCUGCGCAGCAAUUCGAAGGUAAAGAUAUCAUUGGAUACCGUCGAGCUAUUGCCGAAGCUGGUCGCCGUAUCGGGCCGUACAAAGGAAGCUGUACAGAUAUUACUGAACAAAGCAAACGAGCAUCGACAAGACAAUGAGUUUUUAUCUCUACUGUAUUCCGUGCACAGUGAUAACUUAUCGAAUCACAACAUUCGUGGCUAUGAAAUACUCGCUUAUGAUAGUACCCGCGAGAUUGUCGAGGCGAAUUAUGACGAAAAACGUCCAAUUUGGUUUAUAUUUUCCGGUAUAGGUACUCAAUGGCCGGGUAUGGGACGCGAAUUGCUUGAAAUAGAAACGUGUCAGCACAGUUUACAGCGAUGCGCGGAUGUAUUAAAGCAGCACAAUGUUGAUCUAAUGAAUAUCAUCAUUAACGGUACCGAUGAAACAUACGAGAACGUAUUAGUUGCUACCGUGACAAUCGUGGCCAUUCAAAUCGCUCUCAUCGAUAUGUUAAUAUCUAUGGGUGUGCGACCAGACGGUAUAAUUGGACAUUCCCUUGGUGAAAUAAGUUGCUCGUAUGCCGAUGGCGCGUUUACCCUAGAGCAAACGAUUUUGACGGCCUAUUAUAGAGGCAAGUCGAUCAUAGAAUCCGAUUUGGAACCAGGCGCUAUGGCGGUGGUAAACUUAAAUUGGGAGGAAGUCAAGAACAUGUGUUUGACCGAUAUCGCUCCAGCCUGUCAUAAUUCCGCCGAUUUAGUUACAAUUUCUGGCUCACCCGUGUCUGUGGAAAAGUUCGUAAAAGAGUUGAAGAGCAAAAAUAUCUUUGCCAAAAUGAUCAAUUGCUGUGGCGUUGCUUAUCACAGCAAAUACAUUGUUCCAGUUAAAUCAAAAUUUUGCACUUCUCUCGAUAUGAUUGUGCCAAAGCCAAAGCAAAGAUCUAUCAGAUGGAUUUCUAGUUCAGUACCCGAGGCCGCAUGGGAUAGCCCACUCGCACAAUUUUGUUCACCAGAGUAUCACGUGAACAAUAUGCUGUCACCUGUGCUUUUUCAGGAGGCGAUCGCGCAUAUCCCGAAGAAUGCGAUAACCAUCGAAAUCGCGCCACAUUGCUUGCUACAGACAAUCCUGCGUAAAUCGCUACCAUCCACAGUGACUAAUAUCGGUCUCCAAAAGCUGAAUCAUUCAAAUAAUUUGAUCUUUUUACUAUCUAAUGUGGGAAAGUUGUACAUAGCCGGCGCGCAACCCGACGUCUCUAAACUGUAUCCGUCAAUCAGUUUUCCUGUUAGUCGCGGAACACCGAUGAUCGGAUCUUUGAUCAAGUGGGACCACUCUGCUACAUGGCAGGUGCCAGAUUUUAAGCAUAAGUCGAAAGAAUCGUCUGGAGAGUAUGUCAUAGAGGUAAAUUUGUCGAGAAAUACAGACGCAUAUCUAACGGGACAUAAAAUUGAUGGGCGAAUUGUUUACCCAGGCGGCUGUUAUAUGUUGAUGGUUUGGCAAUUCUUUGCAAAGCUACGCGACACCGAUUUCGAGCGACUACCAGUAAUUUUCGAGAACAUAUGGUUUCAGCGCAUUACCUUCUUACCGGAGAAUAAAACAAUCAAGUUUUUGAUAAAACUUGUCGAGGAAACGGGAGAUUUUGUGAUUCUCGAAGCGAAUACGAUUGUAAUCAGCGGGAAUAUCCGUCCUGCUGAAACUAUCGAAAAAAAUCAACUAAACCUACCAUCGUUUGAGAUGCCGCCCACCGAGCUUCUAUUGAAUACGGAGGAUAUUUAUAAGGAAUUGAGAUUACGUGGAUAUGAAUACAAUGGUACUUUCAAGGGAUUAAAAUGCUGUGACAAUUCUUUCAACGUUGGCGAAUUAUAUUGGUUUAACGAAUGGAUUACGUAUAUCGAUUGUAUGUUUCAAUUCAAAUUAUUGUCCAACAAUCGGAGAUUAUCUUAUGGCUCGAAGAUUCCUUAUGUUCUAAUCGAUCCCGUUCUUCAUAAACGAAUGGUCAAUGAAUUACCAAAGAACGGCGGAUUGCCAAUAUAUUACUAUAAAAAUGUCAAUUUCAUCAAAUCGGGCGGUAUUGAAAUAAGAGGUACGAAAUACACCACAUCUCAGCGACUGCAGAAGACAGCUAAACCCAAAUACGAACGUUACGUUUUCGUGCCAUAUGAAAACUCACACAGCUUGGUCUUAAAAGAUCCAAAGAGAGAAAAGAUUCACGCACUCACUGUACUGUUACAAAUUGUGUGUGAGAACGUAGUGACAUCGAUAAUCAAGGCUGUGGAAGUCGCGGACAAUCGAAUAGCGGAAAGCCUCUUGGCGCCGCUUGUACUUGAUAUUCUUUGUGAUGAACCCGUCGUUACGAUUGAUUUAGAAGUAGCCGUUAGUUCCACAUGCGAUUAUGAGACAGAUUUCAAUCAAAUGGACAUUAAUUUUAAUGUAAUGAAAUGGGAUGCGAGCGGUACAUUCCCAGUUCAGAAUAUGCAUCUCAUCAUAGCAGCGGAAGUCCUCUCUGGCCGAUCUUGCAUCGUUCUGAAAAAUCUAGCGGCUACCUUAAGUUCUAAUUGCUUUAUUCUUCUAGAGGAGACUGGUACAUUUUCCGCUAGAGAUUUAAAGAUUGCACUAAAGGAGGCCAAUUUGAUGUUGCUUGGUAAACAAUUGGUUAACUCCUCGGGAAAGAGUUACUUCUUAUUGAGAAAGCAUAAAGUGAGAAAAGAAUCAAUCUUAAUACAAAUCACAGGAAAUGAUUUCUCAUGGUUGACAAAUGCGAAAGCGGCAUUGAGAAAAUUUGAUAGUAAAAAUCAAAAUAUAUAUUUUGUAUCUCAAGGCGAAGAAGUACUUGGUCUAGUCGGAUUCGUAAAUUGUAUUCGGCGCGAGAUCGCAAACGUGCGUUAUGUUUUCAUUCAGGACAGUAAUGCUCCCAAAUUUGAUUUACUCUCGCAAUUCUACGUGGAGCAAUUGGAAAAAGGACUAAAGGCUAAUGUAUUGAAAGGAGGUCAAUGGGGUAGUUAUCGGCACUUGAAAUUAGAUCAACAUAACUACGUGGAAUCAGAGCACGCUUAUGUGGAUACAUUGACGACGGGAAAUUUAAAUAGUUUGGAAUGGAUUCAAAGUCCGUUAACGUAUUGUCAGACCAAAUAUCGAAAUACACUCUGCAGUGUGUAUUAUGCAUCAUUAAAUUUCAGGGAUAUUUUGCUGGCGACUGGCAAACUAUCAGCAGAUGCUCUUUCAUUGUUAGAACUUACUACAGAAGACUAUGUAUUAGGAUUAGAGUUCUCCGGGAGAGACGCAAACGGAUGUAGAGUAAUGGGUUUAACCAAAUCUAAUGGUUUGGCGACCACUGUGUUGCCGGAUUCCGAUUUUCUUUGGAAAGUACCUGACAAAUGGACAUUGGAGCAGGCGGCGACAAUACCGGUCGCUUAUGUGACCAGUUACUAUGCUCUGUUUGUACGAGGUCGAUUGAUAGCGGGCGAAAGCGUACUGAUUCACUCUGGUGCGGGUGCCGUCGGCCUAGCGGCGAUUAUCAUCGCUCUGCAUGCUGGCUGCAUCGUCUUCACCACUGUCAGCACAGAAAAAAAACGAUUGUAUCUCAAGAAGACCUUUUCGCAAUUGACCGACAAGCACAUUGGCAAUUCCCGAGAUACGAGUUUCGAACAGCUAAUAUUGGACGAAACCCGAGGACGUGGGGUCGAUGUAGUAUUGAAUUCGUUGUCAGAAGAGAAACUGCAUGCCAGCGUACGGUGCCUCGCGAAGGACGGUCGCUUCCUCGAUAUUGGGAAGCACGACAUGUUGAAUGGCAUUUCUGUAGAUAUGUCUAUGUUUUUAAAGAAUAUUUCCUAUCAUGGUAUACUUUUAGAAUUGUUGUUCCAAAAUAUCGAGGAUAAGCGAAAAACGAUUAGACUAAUCACGGAGGGAAUCGAGAAUGGUGUAGUAUGUCCAUUACCCGCUACUAUAUUUUCGAAGCAAAGCCUCGAGCAAGGAUUCAGAUUUAUGACGACAGGCAAGCAUAUUGGCAAAGUAUUGCUGAAUAUUCGAGACGAAGAGCCGCAGAAAUGCAUGUUACCGAUGCUAAAAACGAUAGCGGCCAUGCCACGUACUUACAUGUAUCCAGACAAGUCGUAUGUGUUGAUCGGUGGUCUCGGUGGAUUCGGUUUGGAAUUGGCCAAUUGGAUGAUCACCCGCGGCGCUAAAUUCAUCAUUCUCGUGUCACGUACUGGAAUACGCACUGGUUAUCAGGCAUCUCGCGUUCAACAUUGGCGCAAUAAUGGCAUCAAAGUCAUCAUUUCUACGGCAGAUAUCACGACGUUAUCGGGCGCCGAAUAUUUAAUCGACGAGAGUAAUCGGUUGGCUCCAGUAGGGGGUAUAUUUAAUCUGGCCGGCGUUCUACGUGACGCUUUGUUCGAGAACUUACAAGUGGCUGACUUCGAGACUGUAACCUUGCCAAAAGUCAAUGGUACGAGGAAUCUGGACGUGAAAUCGAGAAAGUCUUGUCCAUCAUUGGAUCAUUUUGUCGUGUUCUCGACCGUAUCGUGUGGCCGCGGCAAUGCCAGUCAAUCUAAUUAUGGUCUCGCAAAUUCAGCUAUGGAGAGAAUGAUGGAGCAGAGACAUACUGCUGGUUUGCCCGGUCUUGCUAUUCAGUGGGGUAGUAUAGAUGAUGUCGGUUUGUUUGCUGAUACAGUGAAGAAUGUAAUUUUUGAUGUAAGAUAUGUUUUACCGCAACGUGUGACGAGCUGUCUUGAGACCCUAGACCUUUUUCUUCAACAACCAUACCCAGUAUUAUCGUCUACGGUAAUAGCCGAGAAACAUAAAUCUACAAAUAACGACAACAAAAUUACUCAUGUCGCCAAAAUCGUUGGCAAUAUCCUUGGUAUUGAAAAUAUCUCCGAAAAUAUUAAUGAGAGCUUCGACAAACUCGGUAUCGAUUCGCUAAGCUAUAUGGAAAUAAGACAGAUUCUUGAAAGAGAAUAUGAUUUCAUAUUAUCGUUCCGCGAGAUGUAUGUCUUAACAUUAGGCAAAUUAUUAGAUUUAUUAGCGACAAGCAAUGUGUCUCACGAUUCUUCAACGAAUUAAAGAAGUGUAAAAAGGAUCC